AUGGCGAUGGCACGAUUCAUAAAUUUGGAAAGAAAAUUACAGGCAAACCCAUCAUUAAAGAGAGAAUAUGUCGAAUUCAUGAAAGAGUAUCUAGCUGAUGGGCAUAUGAAAAAAGUAAGUUCAAAAAGACAGGGAAAAUAUUAUCUACCUCACCAAGCAGUAGUAAGAGCGAAUAGUAUCACUACUAAGGUGAGAGUAGUUUUUGAUGCUUCGGCAAAGACCACGAAUAAAAAUAGUUUAAAUGAUGUAUUAUAUGUUGGCCCAAGGUUGCAAAGGGAUAUCUUUGAUAUAUUGUUGAAGUUUCGACUGAAAAAAUUUGCCAUAGUUGCUGACAUAGAAAAAAUGUAUAGACAAAUAUGGGUGAGUAAAAAUGAUCAGAAAUACCAACAUAUUUUGUGGAGAAGCGAGAUUAAUCAGCCAAUUGAAGAAUACAAGUUAACAACUGUAACUUACGGUAUUGCCCCUGCUUCAUUUUUAGCUAUAAGAACUUUAUUUGAAAUAGCAAAUGAAUGUCAGGAUAAUCAGAUAUCGAAAAUAAUUAAAGACGAUUUUUAUAUGGACGAUCUUCUAACUGGCGGUGAUACAAAAGAAGAGUGCAAAAGUGUUCGGCUAAGGAUAUCGGCGCAUUUGGAGAAGUAUGGAUUUCAUUUGAGAAAAUGGUGCUCAAACAGCAUGGAUAUAGUAGAAACGGUGGAAAAAUCAAAAGACAAUGAGGUCAUUGAUAUAGAUAAAGAAGAAAGUAUAAAAACGCUUGGCUUGCAAUGGAAUCCUAACAAUGAUAUAUUCAUGUUUAAGAUAGCAGAAAGUAGAGACGUCUAUAUAACAAAAAGAAUGGCAUUAUCGUAUCUAGGUAAAAUAUUUGAUCCAUUAGGACUAUUGGCUCCAGUUACAGUAUUGGUUAAGUUAUUUGUGCAGAAGCUCUGGAUAAGUAAUUUAGAUUGGGAUAUGAAAUUAAAUGAAGAAAUGAUGAAAGAAUGGAAAAACAUUGUGCAGAACUUAGACGCAAUACAAACAAUCAGAAUUGAGAGAUGGGUAGGAGUUACCGGAAAUGAUGAAAUAUGCCUGGUGGGGUUCGCUGACGCAUCGGAAAAGGCCUACGCAGCAAUAGUGUCAAGAGUAAAUGAAAUAAGCUCGUUAAUUCCAAGCGCCAAUUGGUUUUAUGUGCGAUCAAAGGAAAAUCCAGCAGACCUAGCAUCCAGAGGAAUUCAGCCGGAAAAGUUAGAGAACCAAUCGUUAUGGUGGAGAGGUCCAAACUGGUUAAACGAUGAUAGAAUGACAUGGCCAAAAGAACAAAUGGCAGCUAAAAUAAUAAAUAUCAGUAAAUUAAGAGAGGAAGACUUAUUUAAUCAGCUCAUCGAGAAAUAUUCAUCUUUUAGAAAAUUAAGUAGAGUGGUAGUAUAUAUUUUUCGUUUCAUAGACAGACUGAGGAAGGCUAAGUCUCCAGAAUAUCUAACUGUAGAGGAGUUUAGAAGAGCAGAUGCAGCUAUUUUUAGAAGUCAUCAGACAACACAAUUUUUUACGGAUAUAAGCAGAUUGAAAAAUAGCUGUGAAAUAGAUCAUCGAAACAAAAUGGUAAAUUUAAAUCCGUUUUUAGACAAAAACCAAGUUUUGAGAGUUGGAGGUCGAUUAAUCAAUGCAAAAAUUGGUUUUGAUAAAAAGCAUCCAAUAAUUAUAGCAAAAGGUCAUUUGGCGAAUUUGAUAAUAAAUGAAGCACACCGAGAAACAUUACAUGGUGGACAUCGAUUGAUGGAAAAUGUUAUAAAAAGAAGAUAUUGGAUAUUUGGACUUAAAAACUUGAUUAAGAAAUGUAUACGUGAAUGUGUAAGGUGCACCCGUUAUAAAGCAUUAAAGCAGAAGCAGCUUAUGGGUGAUUUACCAGAAUAUAGGGUCAAUGUGUCUGCUCCGUUCGCUCAUUGUGGAGUAGAUUACGCUGGACCAUUGCUAAUAAAAUGUUCUAAAGGGCGAGGCCAAAAAACUUUUAAAGGGUACGUAGCGGUAUUUGUAUGUAUGGCAACUAAAGCUUUGCAUUUAGAGUUGGUAAGUGACAUGACAUCAGACUCAUUUCUGGCGGCGCUGAAGCGAUUGUUUGCACGCAGAGGCAAAUGUUCACAUAUAUACUCAGACAACGGUACUAACUUCGUUGGAGCAUCCAAAAAAUUAGAUAAGGAUUUACAACAGGCUAUUAAAAGCAAUGUGAGUGCAGUUUGUGCAUUGGAAGCAGAAGGAUUUGAGGAAGGAAAAGCUGGAGAUAUACUGCAGUGA